AUGGAGCAUCUCCUGUGUAUGAGGUUUAUUACAUUGCGAAACUAUUUACCCGAUGACUCAAGCAGCUCUGAAAUUAAAGAUAUUCAUAAUCUAGGGAAUGCUAAGAAUUAUUGUCCUAUUGGAGAUUCAGAAAAUAAAUGUGAAACUGAGACCGAUAAAAUAAAUGCUGGAUUUCUAUGGUUAUUUGAGCAAUAUAUUGUUAAUAGGAUUAGUGAUUUAAGUGACGAAAAGUAUAAAGUGUUUAUUAUAUACAUUAUGAUAUGGUUAAAUUUUAAAUUAAAUCAAAAACCAGAUUCAGAAAUCAACACAUUCCAAGAUUUUUAUACUAAACAUAUAGAAAAUAAUACGCAUUAUAAUAAUUGUAAAAAAAAUAAUAAUGAUUGUAGUAAUACAUUAAAAGAAAAAACGGGAUAUAAUAAUUUUAAGGAAAUCAUAGAUAACAAAAAGGAUUUUUUGAAUAUUAAUUUUGAAGAUAUAUCUAAAUUUUAUGAUGCAUUUAAAUUAUUAUGUAAAAUAUAUACUGAAUUUGAUGAAAACGAUCCAAAAUGCACGGAAUAUUUACAAAUAGCUAAUCAAUUUGCUGAAAAAUAUGAAGAACUUAACAAAUGUCAUAACAUUACUGAAGAUAGUCCCUAUUAUCAAGUAUUGUCUACAUUAUCAAAUGAUUAUAAUAAUUUUAAAAAGAAAUGUGAUAGUUUUCAAUCUAGCAAUUUUCCACUCCUUUCACCAAUAGAAAAAAAAAAAGCUUCUAUACCUAAUUCUGAACAAACUUCUUUACAAAAUUAUGGAGUUACAUCAUCAAGUUCGUCGUCAACAAGCAAAUUAAUUCCAGUUUUAUUGAUAUUUGGUGCAAUACCAAUUUUGUUGGGAAUUGCUUAUAAGUAUUCGUUAUUUGGAUUUCGGAAACGAUCUCAAAAACAACAUAUAAGAGAACAGCUAAAAAAAUGA